AUGUUGCCAAGAUACAGGAUUGCGGCUCCUGAUGAGUACCUUGCCGUUACUGGCAUGGGAAUUAAGAAUAUCAAGAUCACCAAGGCAACAUGGGUGAUGCCAUUUCAAAGAUGUUUUCGGUUCAGCGUGCAUCCGCACGACUAUCCAAUGAAUCUCCAGGCCAUGACCAAGGAAAAACUUCAAGUCGUGUUGCCAGUAGUCUUUACAAUUGGCCCAAAUGUCAACAAACGCGGUGGUCAUUCUCGAUCUUCCUCUAGCAAUUCCGCGAAUAGAGCUGAAGGACAGGCAGAAGACGGGGAAUGGCGUCGCGACGAUGAUGCGGGAGAUGCCCUGAUGAAAUACGCCAUGCUUCUGGCAGACUCGAAGGCCACAAAGAAGGGAACGACAAGUGCCAAUGAUCGUGACUUUCUCGAAAACAUCGUCAAGGGUAUCAUCGAGGGUGAAGUCCGCGUGUUGGUCUCCUCCAUGACAAUGGAAGAGAUCUUCAGCGAACGCGAAGUCUUCAAGCGUCGCAUUUUCCGCAACAUUCAAGGAGAAUUGGAUCAAUUUGGGUUAAAGAUCUUCAACGCAAAUGUUAAAGAGCUGAAGGAUGCCCCGAACUCUGUGUACUUUGAAUCACUCAGCCGCAAGGCUCAUGAAGGAGCCACUAACCAGGCUCGAAUCGAUGUCGCUGAAGCACAGUUGCGUGGUACCGUCGGCGAAGCCAGGCGCAAGGGUGAGCAAGAGAAGGAAAUCGCUAGAAUCAAGGGCGACCAGGAACGCGAGAUUGCGAAGAUUCAUGCUGAGACGGCGGUCCAAAAGACCGAGCGCGACAUUGAGCGCGCUCAGGCCGAGGCUAUUCUUGCAACUCGCAAAACUGAGCUCGAUCGCGAUGUCGAGAUCGCCCGUAUCCAUGCCAAGCGCAAAGCCCAAGCCCAAGAUGAGGAACUCAAGCGCGAAGUCGAGACGAAGCGUGCGGCGGCCGAAUUGGAACGUCUCCGCGCUACAGAUGUCGUCAAAGCCACCAUCAGCCGUGAAGCUCAGCAACAAGCGGCCGAUGCCAAGGCUUACGAGGUCGAAGCUCAAGCCAGGGCUGCUGCCGAAAGCAAAAGGCAGCAGGUAGAUGCCGACGCUUACAAGACCAAAGUUGACGCAGAGGUGAUCGCGCACAAGACGCGCGUGGAUGCUGAUGCCAAACGGUACCAAACUGAAACAGACGCCAAGGCCAACUUCGAGAAGCAGAAGCAGCAGGCCGAUGCCGAUGUUUAUAAGGUUAAGGUGGACACGGAGACAGCAGCCUUCAAAACGAAGCUUGAUGCCGAAGCUUGGUGCUACGCUACUGUUCACAACGCCGACGCCAAACUACAGAAGACCCUCAAGGAAGCUGAGGGUUUGAAGGCGAUGGCUGAAGCCUAUGCUAAGAUGGCGGACGCCUUCGGUGGUCCGGCUGGCUUGCUGCAGUACAUGAUGAUUGAGAAGGGUACCUACGUUGAGUUAGCCAAGGCCAACGCCGAGGCCAUCCGUGGCUUGCAGCCCAAGAUCAGCGUCUGGAACACUGGUCCCGAGGCCGGCACCGAUGGCCCGGCUGGUGGGGCCAUCGUCAACCAGAGCAGCAUUGCUACUAUGCGCAACAUUUACCAAAUGUUACCCCCUCUGAUGACUACCAUCAACGAGCAAACCGGCAUAUCACUACCAGAAUGGCAGUUUGGCCGCCUAGCUGGGCAGAUGUCACAGCUCGAAAGGGGAGAGAUUAAGCCAAACCACGGAUGA